CUUAAUUUAAUGUAUUUGGUUCGGCUCAUGAAAAGUUCGGCGUCUGAACUGGGCCUAUAAAGCCACUUGAAAGAGAUUGGUCAGUUGAUGAUGGAACCAUGACGGCAUUAUCAUCAAUUUACUAAAGCGACAAUUAAAUGUUGAUCUUCACCUUGUACAUUGAAGGCAAAGAGCAUUAGUAUUUUAAUAAAAAAUAUUGCACCAUUUCCAAAGGGCGUAUGUUACAAACUAUACUUAAGAUCUUAAAAGGGUCAGAAUAAAUCGAGACAGUGUUUCUAAGAACACAGCUGCCCUCGCAAAACGACAGUCGCUAAAACACAUCCGCCACUGAUCUACAAUAAUUUUUGUCAAGUGGUAUGGAGCGGAUAUUGACUCUUUCGUAGCUAAUAAUACAAGAAAAAAAGCUUGGUAAAAAGUACUUCUGUCUAUUAAUUCAGGUAAAUAUAUGCCGGAAUAGUUGAAAGAUUCGUUUUGUUAUCCUGGAUCAAGUUUAUUAUCGUAAUUAGAGAAAUGCAAAUCAGAUUUUGCUGCCAUCGCUGAAUGGUUUUCAUCUCUAUUCUUGGCAGGAAGCCCGUCUUUCAUAAUUUCAUAUUUAGAAUGUUGUCUCGUUCCCGCAGCUUGUACACCGGUGGUGUCAGGAUCUACAAAAUAAAUGCAAAUUGCUGAAGUGCGAAUAUCAUAUUUUUGUUUAUGUUUUCAUUCCCAUGUUUUGAGCGUUAAAAUGUUAAUUUCGCGUGCCCUUUAAUUGCCGGACUUAUCUAAUAUUUCUUUGCGCUUAAAAGCUGGUGUCAUUUUCUUCACUUAUCAUUUGCAUUAGUAUAAAUCGUUGGACAGUCGAGACCCUCAAGUUUCGGUCAUUAGUUAAGAUGCAUGAUAAUGCAGUUCAAUUGUGAGAAACAGCAUCUGCUCGACGAUUUUGUGGUCCACUGCUAAUUAACAGUCAUAGUGGAUUUGACCUGUUCAGCGUGCGCACUGGUUAUUUUCCCGUUUAGCUGACAAAACGCCUCAGAAAAAAGGCGAAGCAAGUAGGGGAAUUGAAAGCUUCAGUUUGUGUUCAGGUCAGUGUACAAAAUAUGAAUAUUGGCGCAACACCAGUGGAUUUAGCCACUGAUUGUUCUGGAGCGCUCACCAGCUCAGAAAUUAUGGUUUUAUCUACGAUGAAUAUAAUCCUGGGGUUGUUCUCUGUUUUUGGAAACGCACUCAUUUUAGCAGCUAUUUACAAAGUUCCAACCCAGAGGACCGUGUCAAAUGCGUUUAUUGCAUCGAUGAGUUUGGCGGACUUCUCAGUCGGAUUGUUGAUGAACCCUUUGUGGGUUGCAAAGAGCAUCUUGAAUAUUUGGAAAAGCGACAACAAACUAUCGACUGGUAUAGAGGUCUUGACGAUGCAAACCAUCGUGGCAACUACCUUUAGUUUAUCUGCAGUUAGCAUGGAUCGGUAUAUCGCUGUUACAAGAAUGCGUUACCAUGAAAUAAUGACUUGGAAGCGCGUGAGAAUCAUAAUCGUUUUCAUCUGGAUGUUUUCGAUCUUGUUUGCUUCUUUGCGACUUUUCGUCACAGAUCCUCUUCAGUUGCCCAAACUCUGGCUUGCGGCGACAGUGAUCACGGUUAUUACACCUAUAACACUCAUCUCAAUCUGUUACUAUUUCAUCUUCAAGGCGGCUCGGAUGCAAAUCAGAAGAAUUUCGUUGCAGGAGACUUUUAAUUCAGAUGAAGUUAUUGUACAAGUCAAGAACCGUAAAGCAGCAUGUACAAUUGGAAUUAUCGUUGGUGUGUUUACAAUCUGUUGGAGCCCAAGUUUAGUGAUUUCCCUUGUUCAAUUCUUUACCUCUGAUCUUUGUCAGAAAACAAGAAUAAAUGGAUAUUGGUUUUGGGGAGCGUUGGCAGAAUUCAGCAACUCGGCUUUUAACCCGUUUAUUUAUUGCAUGCGAAGUCGGGAAAUUAGAAAGGCCGUUAAAAGAGCCAUUACUUGCCAAUAAUCACAGUUUGUGGAGUCAUUGGAAGUCAAAAUAAAAUAUAAAGAUCCUAAAACAACUGUAAUUUUUUCUUAAUUUUCUCUUUGCCAGGGAAAGUGGCUGUGUUAAUUUAUUUGGAGCCAACUUGUCUAAAGUUUGGAGUAAAGCUUAAGUUCAUCAUUAGCAAAAACAUUGCUUAAGGGCUCUUAAACGAGCUACGUCACGCUUGCGCAUAUUGAAAAGUUUAGCCUCAAUUUUAAAGGUAAAGGUAAAGGUAAACUUUAUUUA